AUGGGUACCUCCCAAGCUGUGGAUAGCUCCCCGCCGGAUGGUACAGGUGUCAUACAGCUGGACCCUUGGCUGGAGCCUUUUCGUGAUGCUUUGAAGCAGAGGUUUAGUUUCAUCGAAGGCUGGGUGAAGGCCAUCAAUGAGACAGAAGGAGGUCUUGAAACGUUCAGCAAGGGUUACGAGAGGUUUGGCCUCAACGUUCAAUCCAAUGGUGACAUUAUAUACAGAGAAUGGGCUCCAAAUGCUGUGCAAGCACAAUUGGUCGGAGAAUUCAACAAUUGGGAUGUGACGGCCCACCCAAUGACAAAGAAUGGCUUUGGCGUCUGGGAGGUUACGGUGCCAGCAGUUAACGGCGCUCCAGCUAUUCCCCACGAUAGCAAAAUCAAGAUAUCCAUGGUCAUCCCCAGUGGAGAGCGAAUCUAUCGGAUCCCAGCGUGGAUCAAGCGUGUGGUGCAAGACCUCAGUGUGUCACCUACAUAUGAGGCGGUCUUCUGGAAUCCUCCAACCGAAAAACAAUAUAAGUUUCAGUAUUCCCGCCCUAAGAGGCCUGAAAGUCUACGGAUCUAUGAGGCACAUGUGGGAAUUUCAUCACCAGAAACUAAAGUCGCAACUUACAAAGAGUUCACUUCCAACAUGCUCCCUCGGAUUAAAUAUCUGGGGUACAAUGCAAUUCAACUAAUGGCCAUCAUGGAGCACGCUUACUACGCCAGCUUCGGAUACCAAGUCAAUAACUUCUUCGCAGCGAGCAGCCGCUAUGGUACGCCUGAAGACCUGAAGGAGCUCGUCGAUAAAGCCCACAGCAUGGGACUAGUGGUGCUCCUCGAUGUCGUCCACAGCCAUGCGUCGAAGAACGUGCUUGAUGGAUUGAACAUGUUCGACGGUACAGACCACCUAUACUUCCACGGCGGUGGGAAGGGUCGACAUGAGUUGUGGGACAGUCGCCUAUUUAACUACGGCCAUCAUGAGGUUCUGCGCUUCCUUUUGAGCAACUUACGCUUUUGGAUGGAAGAGUAUGGCUUUGAUGGUUUCCGCUUCGAUGGUGUCACAAGCAUGCUUUACACCCAUCAUGGGAUUGGAACAGGCUUUUCUGGGGGGUACCAUGAGUACUUCGGUUCUUCUGUCGAUGAAGAAGGUGUGAUGUAUCUAACUCUUGCUAACGAAAUGCUCCAUAACCUCUAUCCCAAUUGUAUCACAGUAGCGGAAGACGUCUCUGGGAUGCCGGCACUCUGUCUACCACACUCCCUGGGCGGAGUUGGCUUUGACUACCGCCUCGCCAUGGCCGUCCCAGACAUGUAUAUCAAGCUCUUGAAAGAGAAGAAGGACGACGAGUGGGACAUAGGAAACCUAUCCUUCACGCUGACGAACAGACGCCAUGGCGAGAAGACGAUUGCCUACGCAGAAAGCCACGAUCAAGCGCUUGUUGGCGAUAAAACCCUCAUGAUGUGGCUAUGCGACAAAGAAAUGUACACACACAUGUCCGUGCUAACAGAAUUCACACCCAUCAUCGAACGAGGCAUGGCCUUGCAUAAGUUGAUCCGAUUAGUCACACAUGGUCUCGGAGGUGAAGGCUACCUCAACUUCGAAGGCAACGAGUUCGGACACCCGGAAUGGCUUGACUUCCCCCGAGAUGGAAACAAUAACUCCUUCUGGUAUGCACGACGUCAGCUAAAUCUGACCGAAGACCAUCUUCUGCGGUAUAAAUUCCUCAAUGAUUUCGACCGUGCGAUGCAAUUGACAGAAGAAAAAUACGGAUGGCUCCAUUCGCCACAGGCAUAUGUCAGCCUAAAGAACGAAACCGACAAGGUCCUCGUCUUUGAGCGGGCUGGUCUUCUCUGGAUUUUCAACUUCCACCCAACCAAUAGCUUCACCGACUACCGUGUUGGGGUCGAGCAAUCAGGCACGUACCGUAUCGUCCUCGACACCGAUGACCCAGCAUUCGGUGGUCUGAACCGCAAUCUUAAGGAGACACGGUUUUUUACCACCGAUUUAUCGUGGAAUGGCCGGAGCAACUUCCUCCAAGUCUACAUCCCUACCAGGACCGCACUAGUCCUGGCCUUAGAGGAAACGCUGUAG